CGGUGCACACCCUUACCUCCACCAGCCCGAGCGCCCCGCUGGCGUGCCUCCAGCACUGGCUCUGCGCGGCGCAGCAGUCCACUCCUCCCCACGCCGCCCACACCCUCCCAUCUACCGGAUCAGGUCGCGGCUCCCCUCGUGCUCAUAUCUUCCUCCCCUCCAGCAGCUCCACUCCGGCCCCAGCGGAACCACUCCUCUAGCUCAAGAUCCAUGGAGUCCGACGACCACGGACGUGUAGCUCGCAGGCAUGAGAUGUGGUUCAGUGCUCCUGUGGGUGUAGUUCAUGAGCACCUCGGCGACGAUGGCAUCAACGCAGUGCACUCCGGUAGUUGCCGUGGUGCACUCUGGUGGCCGUUGUGGUACAACUCAGUGGCUGGCCAGGUGAGGUUUGCUUUUCCUCUGCUUGUGGUUAAUCUAAGCACGAGCUUCAUCACCUCGGUGCUUUUGUCGUGUAGCUUGGUGACGCGACAGGUGCAGUCAGCUGAGCAGACACUCUUCUCCAAGCGAGAAGAGGAGGGCGAUCUUGGUUCCUGUCCACGUGCAGUUUCAGGCGAUGCGCCCAUGCGGUGUGGAGCACAUGUGCAUGUAGUCCAUCGGCCAUGCGUGUAGUAUAGGUCGCAUAGUGGUGUAAUUCAUCGCUGAACCUGUGUUGUAGUUUUAGGUCGCAUAGUGGCGUGUGUGAUGCAGUUUUGCGUCUCCUCUCGGGUGGACACAUAGCUGCACCCCAGAUCGCCCAGUACUGCAACCCCUUCCUUCCUUUACUUAUUUUUUGCAGGAAAGAAAGUGGUGCAUUUCGGUUGGAUGUCCCGUUGGAGUUUGACCUUGUGCCAUUUCAGAUUAUACUGUGCAGUGCGACAUGAGUUUCUCUGCUUGGGGUGCUCUGGUACAGUAUAUACUUGUACGGCUGUGUAAAAAAUUAUGAAUUUGUGUGUUGAGCAUUCUGAAGCACUGAUGUUAUUUUUUUACUUCGAGAAAACAUGAUGUGGUCCAUUA